AUGCAAAAUCUGGGGAGAGGGCAUCGAGUCAGCGUCAGCUCGUUCGCUUCAUCCACCACCAUCUCUGCCAGCAUGGAGGCCAUCCCGAAGGUUUUUGAAGCGAAAGCGGCAGAGGGCACACCCGCUCUUGUGACCUUUGUCACUGCUGGUUAUCCUCGCAAAGAGGACACUGUCCCCAUCCUGCUGGCAAUGGAGGCCGGUGGUGCUGACAUCAUCGAACUUGGAGUACCGUUCUCCGAUCCCAUUGCAGAUGGACCUGUCAUCCAGGAGACGAACACGGUCGCUCUGAAAAACGACAUCGACUACAUCACAGUACUCGGACAACUUAGAGAAGCUAGAAGCAAAGGGCUGAAGGCCCCUGUUCUACUCAUGGGUUAUUACAACCCUCUAUUGGCGUACGGAGAAGACAGGGCUAUCCAAGACGCCGUCGAAGCCGGUGCCAACGGAUUCAUUAUGGUCGAUCUCCCUCCAGAGGAAGCGACUACAUUCCGCGAGAAGUGCAGGAAGUCAAAUCUUUCCUAUGUCCCCCUCAUUGCCCCCUCCACAACACUCAACCGUAUCAAGUUCCUGGCAUCAAUCGCCGACACCUUCAUCUAUGUGGUCUCCAAAAUGGGUACGACAGGCUCGUCAGAGAAGGUCGCUAUGAACCAAGCUCUGCCCGACAUCAUCGCGAGAGUUCGCGAAUAUGCCACUGUCCCUCUCGCCGUUGGGUUUGGCGUUGCCAAUCGCACACAAUUCGAUGUUGUUGCAGAUGCUGGUGCCGACGGUGUGGUCAUUGGCAGCCGACUGGUCUCCGUGAUUAAAAAUGCGCCUGAAGGAGAGGUUGCAAACCAUGUCGAGACCUACUGUCGAGAGAUCAGUCAGAAGGGUCAACCACCUCGUGUCCGGUCGCCACCGGCACCCAGACAACCUACUCCAGCACUUAACGGGAACAAACAGGAACCUCCUGCGAACCCAGCCAGUGAAAUCGUACUCCCAGCACGAUUUGGGCUUUAUGGUGGACAGUACGUUCCAGAGGCUCUCGUCGAUUGUCUUGCUGAGUUGGAAGAGGCGCACAAGUCUGCCAUGGCCGAUCCGGAAUUUGCCAAAGAGCUGCAGAGCCAUUUUGGCUACAUGAAUCGUCCUUCCCAAAUUUACCUGGCCGAAAAUCUGACCAGGCAAACCGGCGGUGCUAACAUUUGGCUCAAACGGGAAGAUCUGAAUCACACUGGUUCGCACAAAAUCAACAAUGCUAUCGGCCAGAUCCUUCUCGCGCGCCGCAUUGGAAAAACUCGUAUCAUCGCAGAGACUGGCGCGGGCCAACAUGGUGUUGCAACAGCGACCGUAUGUGCCAAAUUCGGCAUGGAAUGUGUCAUCUACAUGGGAGCAGAAGACGUCCGUCGACAAGCCUUGAAUGUCUUCCGCAUUGAGAUGCUGGGCGGCAAGGUCAUCCCAGUCUCAUCUGGCUCUUGCACUCUGAAGGAUGCCGUGAACGAAGCCAUGCGCGAUUGGGUCACGAACCUGGCAACUACUCACUAUCUCGUUGGCUCCGCCAUCGGUCCUCAUCCUUUCCCGACGAUCGUCCGUGACUUCCAGAAGGUCAUCGGCGAGGAGAUCAAAGCGCAACUACGGGCUGCUCGUGGAAAGCUCCCUGACGUUGUCGUUGCUUGCGUUGGUGGAGGAAGUAACGCAAUCGGCACUUUCUAUGACUUCAUUCCCGAUAAGAGUGUUCGCCUCGUAGGUGUGGAGGCCGGAGGAGAAGGCAUUCAUGGUGACCGCCACAGUGCCACGCUUUCCAUGGGUCAACCAGGGGUACUCCAUGGUGUCAGGACGUACAUCCUCCAAUCGAAGGCUGGUCAGAUCAUCGAGACGCACUCCAUCAGCGCAGGUCUUGAUUAUCCUGGUGUUGGACCUGAACAUGCCUGGUUGAAGGAUUCUGGCCGUGCUGAGUACGUCGUAGCAACAGACGAAGAGGCCCUCCGCGGAUUCAGGAUGCUUACACAGAGCGAAGGCAUCAUCCCUGCUUUGGAGUCAUCACAUGCUAUCUGGGAGGCGGUGAAAAUCGCGAAAACUCUUCCCAAGGACCAAGAUCUUGUUGUUUGCUUAUCUGGACGAGGCGACAAAGACGUCGAGCAGAUCUCUGAGUUGCUUCCGAAGUGGGCCGAUAUCCUCGACUGGCAUGUAUCUCCUCAUGCGGUUGGUGCGCCUUCUAAGUAG